AUGAUUUGCAUUGAAUGUGGACAUCGCAAUAUACCAUCCUUAUACUCCAAGUACAAAAGUGAAUAUGUGAAAUUAACCGUUUGUGAAUCAUGCAAUAAAAUUUGUGACAAAUAUAUCGAAUAUGAUACUGUGAUUUUAUUUCUUGAUAUUUUAUUAUUGAAAAAGCCAGCAUAUCGACAUUUAGCAUAUAAUUUAACCGAAUGGCAGAUUAUCAGCCACAGCAGUUGGGGUUUAAAAUAUCAGAAUUUGAUUCGAUUAAUAACUUUAAUUAUUUUAUUUGAUGUAUACUUGACAUGGGCAACUUUUGAAAGGAGUCAAUUUUGGCAGCAAGGAAAAAGUGAAGAAGGGAUAUCACAAUUGGUACUACGACAGAGCUUAACAAGUCAAUAUAUGUUUUUCAUUAUCGUGAUUAGCUUGCGUCAUUUGGUGUCCAAUUUCAUAAUGCAAUGUAUUCUACGUGGACAUUAUGGAUUUGGGAACUGGCAAAACACGGUCAUUCCUCAACAUGAUCAUAGGGGAUACGUGACAGCAGUACUUUUAACAACGAUUAUGUGCUCUGGAUCAGUGAAAUUGUUUCGAAUAUUGACUUUGAUUUGGCCGUACGAUAUUUCAAUACCGUAUAGAACAUUUGAUAUGAUUGGAUUCAUCUAUGUUAUUGAAGCGUUGCAUGUUGUGACUGGGUUGGCUUAUAUGACGGUUGUGACAACGAUUCUGGUUUCGUCAUUGGUGCUGUAUAUGGCUGUGGCUUGGAUAAAGGGUACUUUGAUAAGGUAUAUAAUGUAA